AUGGAUACCCUAUAACCAAUUUAGUGAAAUUACAUAUUUAGCAAAAGGUGGAUUUGGAGAAAUUUAUAAAGCUAAAUGGAAAGGAGCUUAUGUUGUCUUAAAGAAAUUAUAUGAUUCUCAAAAUAUAACCGUUGAUUUUCUUAAUGAGGUUAAAAAUUACAUUCAGACUAUGGAAUCAAAUAGAAAAAAUUGUGAUACUUCUUUUUUAACUAGAUUUUAUGGAAUUUCGUAUGAUUCAAUUACUCAAAAUUUCAUAAUGGUAACUGAAUAUGCUGAUAAAGGAGAUUUAAAAAAAAAUAUCAUGGAACCUGUAGAAUUUACAAAUUAUAACUUUAGAGAUAAUGAUUAUUACAAAUUUAGUACCAAUAAAAGAAUUAUAUUCGAUAUUGCUCAAGGACUUAAGAUAAUACAUAGCUCUGGUUUAGUUCAUUGUGAUUUGCAUAUAGGCAAUAUUUUAUUAAGAAAUCAGCAUCAAAUGCCAAUCUGUAUAAGUGAUUUUGGAUUAAGCCAACCUGCAAAUAUAUCAUCAUCAAUCAAAUCAUCAGGAAUUUAUGGUGUUAUUCCAUAUGUUGCACCCGAAAUAUUUCUUGGGAAACCAUAUACACAAGCGUCAGAUAUUUAUAGUUUAGGAAUUAUUAUUUGGGUAUUAUAUUCACUUGAAGAACCUUAUAAUAACAGAUGCCAUGAUGCAAAUUUAAUUCUUGAAAUUAUAGUAAGAGGUCUUCGUCCAGAAAUUCCUCCUCAGUUAAGUAUUCCUAAUUAUAUUAAAGAAUUGAUGGAAAAAUGUUGGGAUUCAGAUCCAACAAACCGUCCAACAGCUGAACAAAUUAUUACAAUGCUAAAGGAAGGUCCGAACCAACCUUUCUUAGAAAAUUCGCACAGGAAAAAGGUUUGUCUUCUUAAAAUUAUGAAUCUAAUCGGUAAUCAUCCUGGUACUUGUUAUACAAGUCGAUUCUUGUCGUUUCAAAGUGUUAAAGAACAUCUUUCUCGAUCAACUUUAGAAGAUUCUGGGAAGAGUAAUCUUUCGCUCCCAACAUCAAUUAAUAAUGAUGAUUUUAUAAGAGAUUUUGGAGAUGAAAUUAUCGCUCUUCCAACAUUACCAAAUACAUCAGUAACAUCACUACCCCAGAAUUCUUGAAAGAAAACACAAAUGUUUUAACAUAUACGUAUAGAAAUAAGCAACACCUGAGUAUUAAAGAAAUUUAGAAGUGUUGAUGUUGACGAAUUAAAUU